AUGGAACUCCACCAGUUAUAUGCCAAAGUUAAGAAUGAGGUCGCCGAGGAGGAUAUUUCAGAAAAAGAAGUAUCAGACUGUGAAAUAAAGCAAGAGAUCACUGAGGAAUAUCAGUUACAAGAAGCAGUCUACAAAAUUACAAACUGUCACUGUGAGAAAUCAAAUAGUGACGAGGAAACGAAGAACGAACGAAUUGAAGACGAAUUACUCGAUAAUAAAGACUCGUUAAGUGUUGAGGAUACGAACAUUCAGUACCAAGACGAUUACGUGGAACAGGAGGAGGAUAUUUGUGAAGAAGAGAGUAAUAAGCCGUAUAAGUGUCCUCACUGCCCGCAGAAAUUCAGAAAGGAAUCUGCUCUUCAAUUGCACAUCCACUCUCAAACGGGAGGACUACCUUAUAAGUGCCUAUAUUGUCCCAAGUCUUUCUUGCGGGGAACCCACUAUCAAGCUCACAAUCGAACUCACGCUAAGGAAAGAGCUAUCAAGUGCUUCCUUUGCACAAAGUCCUUUCCAUAUGCAUCAGCUUUACGGCGGCACAUCUUGAUUCACGAUCGAGAAAAACCGUUCAAAUGUGAUCACUGCCCAAAGACUUUUCUGCGUUCACAUAUUCGAAAUCACACGGAAAAGCUACCGCAUCCGUGUUCCCAUUGCUCGAAGUUCUUUCCAUAUUCAUCAGUUCUUAGGCGCCAUGUUCUGACCCAUUCUGGUCAAGGAUCAUAG